AUGGCACAACCCCCAGAAGCUCAGGCCUUUGAAAGGCUACAGUCUUACUCAUUCACAUCGGAUCCCGAGUUUGCAAAUGGCCUCUCAAUAAUCCUUGGUCACCCUGAAACCCCCGCCACCGAGGUGGAGAUGAAUCGGGAUGACGACCUGGUCCUGCAAGCGAAAUGUUUCUUUUUCUCACGGAAAGAAAAGCUCACCCCGGCUAUUGAUUUUGUCGCCUUCAAAUCAUGGUUGGCUGCGCGGACAACGGAGCCCCAAGGGCUAGACAAUACAAACUUGCAAAUUUCCGAGGCAUCCGGACCAAGCACAUCUGGGCCGGAGAGUUCAAAAAAUCCUGAACCUGCUUAUCCAUCAUCGUUUGCACACAUUGUGGAACUUAUCACUACGGGGCAACCAAUACCCGGGAUCCAAGACAUCCCAGACACAGUGCUCAGUGGCCACGAUAUUUCCAGCGAGAAACCACGGCGACGGAAACCCUGGGAGAAGGAUGAAGUGGUGACUACGUCCGAUGAGACUGCAAGGGCUCCUGCUCCCUGA